AUAUUUUAAUCAUAGAAACGAUUGGAAUUGUGAAGAAACGUUCGAAAGGGCUGAAAUAAUUAUUUUAAAAUAGAAUAACCUUGCGGCGCAGACCGUCGUUAAUAUAUAUAUGUCACGCUAUUUUUGUACUUUGUACUACACCGAAACUCGACCAACCAGUGUGCACUGUGGACUUGCAGCAUCUCACAAUUACGCAUCGUGCAACGAUUCAUGGAAGUAUUUGCAAGCCUGUACAGAUAGCCGUACUUGAUACGUCCCAUCUUUCCGUUCCACGCUCCCCUUGGCCAGCAAGUGCCAAGCACUAUAUAAUCAUUAUAAUGGAAUAGAUUUAUCUUUUUGUGAUAGCCUAACAAGUGACAGAUUUUAGAACACGAAUUCGAAUUGUCUGAACCUGGGGAGCACUGCCACUGGAGAUAAGUUCUCUUGAAGUCACAACCAUGGAAACCUCUCAAGGCCCUUCCAAGAAUGCAGACGCAUUCAACAGUACUUUAUUAAUCGAAAAUGCUCGUCACGACCGCGAGAAGGUGACCAACGGAAUCAAGAAUCUGACUACCAACGAUGAUUUGGACAAGACGGAAGAUGAGCGUUUAGAUUUGUUCUACGAAUUUGUCAAGAAGCGAAAACAAGGUUCCCAAGUGGAUGAUAAAGAAAUCUUGAUGGAAGCCGAACGCUUGGAAGUGAAAGAGAAAGCCCCGCUUAUUUUGGCUCGAGUGCUUUUGGAUACGAACAUGUUGAAACAAAUUAAGGAUUAUCGCAAAGUGUUUCUUCGUUUCACUGCGGGAAAUCAGCGUGCGCAAAAAUACUUUCUUGGAGGAGUGGAGCAUAUUGUCGGAGUGGCACAUAAGUCAGAGUUAAUGCCAAAAGCUGCAGUAUUAUUUAUGGAAUUAUACAAUCAAGAUAUUCUGGAGGGAGAGGUUCUGAUGGACUGGUGUGAUAAGCCAACAAGGAAAUAUGUUGCCAAAUCGAUUGCUGAAGAGAUCCGCAAGGAAGUUUUUCCUUUUACGCUGUCCCUAAAAAAAGCAGAGACGAAAAGAUCUGGCGGAAACGAUCAUAACCCACAAUCAUCGUCAUCGGUGAAAAAGCCUGACGGAGAAAUAAAAGGUGUGGAUACUAGUUGUGGCAGUUCGACCGCAGCAGCUGGCUCAGCACCAGAAUGCAGUACGGCCAUAUCCGUGCAGCCAAUGCCAGUCAGCCAGCCACAUAGUCUUUUAAAAAGGCUGACCGAUGGUAGCCUAGGGUUUGAAUCUUUUGAAGAUUUUGUUUUAUACAGCUGUCCGAGUAAUACGAACGACAGUCUCAGUAGGAGUACGUGUUUUGAAUGGUUUUUGGAAGAAUGUGCAGGUUGGUUACUUCUUUUACUAAUAAUUGGUUUAUUUGGGGUAAUUGGUUACCUUUUGUUUGGAGUGUAACCUUCUGGUGUUUUUCCUUUUCCGUGUUGAACAACGAUGCACCUUCGCAGUCUUCAUAAAGAUCAUCACGA